CUAAUUUCUAGUUAUUUUUAAUGUGACUAAUAAUUAUUAAAAAUAUUCAAUUAUUUUAUUUAUAGAAAUUAGUAACUAAUCUUAAAAAUUAAUUAAUAUUAUUUAUAAAAUAUAUUAAUUUAUUUUAGAGAUAUGAAACAAAAAUAAAGUAUUUUACAUUACUAUUCAAAUGAUAUCUAAAGUACAAAAAUUGUAUGAUAAUUUUAUUUUUAUGAAAAUAUUAUUUAUUAAUUAUUAAUUAAUUAAAAUAUAGUAGUUUCUUCAAAAAAAAUAUAAAAAUUCGUUUUUUAAAAAAAAAGCUAAUAAAAGUUGGUUUUUGGUUUUUCUUCAUAAAUUGGUUAAACUUUUCAAAAACAAGUUUUUCUAAAUUUUAGAAAAUCUAUUUGUUGAAAAACUUGAUUGGCAAAUGAAAUGGUUUUUAGAAAAACAAAAAUAAAAAGCUAAAACUUGAUUGGAGGAAAAAUAGUUUUUGAGAAAACAAAAACCAAAAAGUAGUCUAAAAACUACAAACAAUCAACCUCUAAGUUAAGUCCGGUUUAAUUUCACAUGCCGACUAACCGCCAGCAAUUACUGAAUCGAUCAAACCAUUGUUGACAUAAGUUUGGUUUCCUUGUCUCUCCCAAAUCUUCAAACAGCUUUGUCUCUUUGCGAUCAGAUCUCACCGGAGACGCACAAAUUCGCGAAGAGCGAUGGCUUCAGGUUUCAGCGGCGAUGAAACUGCUCCCUUCUUCGGAUUCCUCGGCGCCGCCGCCGCUCUCGUUUUCUCCUGUAUGGGAGCAGCGUACGGGACAGCUAAGAGCGGGGUUGGUGUGGCGUCGAUGGGUGUGAUGAGACCAGAGCUUGUAAUGAAAUCGAUAGUUCCGGUGGUUAUGGCUGGUGUGUUAGGUAUUUACGGUCUGAUCAUAGCUGUCAUCAUCAGUACUGGAAUCAACCCAAAGGCCAAGUCUUACUAUCUCUUCGAUGGCUAUGCUCAUCUCUCUUCCGGUUUAGCUUGUGGUCUCGCCGGUCUCUCCGCCGGUAUGGCUAUCGGCAUCGUCGGCGACGCCGGUGUCAGAGCGAAUGCACAACAACCAAAGCUGUUUGUGGGAAUGAUUCUGAUUCUCAUCUUUGCUGAAGCACUUGCGCUGUACGGUCUUAUCGUUGGUAUCAUCCUCUCUUCUCGUGCUGGUCAGUCUAGAGCCGAGUGAAACCAGAACGUCUCUGUUCUUAUGUGCUAAAUCCUUGUAAUGUUUUUAGAUAUGUUUUCACUUCCGAUACUCAUGGCAUUGCGAGUUUUUUUAUUUUCUCAUGAAUAACAAGCAAAAAAUCAGUUGCAUUUGGUUCUAAAUGUUUAUUUUAUUUGCUCACUAUAUUGAAUACAUCCAUAAGUAAUAAAAUAAGAUGAUUCAGUGAUUUUUGGUUAGUGUUCUUGAUAUUGUUGUGUCUAA